GACAAAAAUUGGUUCUACUUGUUAUCAAUGGAAGGGAGACUUUGGAAUGAUGAGGUUCGUUUUUUUUACAGAAUAUCCUUUUUCCAUUUGCAUGUUUGAAUGUUUAUUUUACGAUCUAUUUCGUUAAAUAUUCCUCAUUUUCACUGUUUUUUCUACAUGUAUUUCACUGUCUCCAUCAUAUAUUUUCGAUGUAUUUCACUGUUUUGUUUUUUGUUAUAACAUUCUGUUAUAUUCCUAAUGUGAUAUGCUUCUGUUUUUUUCAGUGGUUUUGCUAUAUUUUUUUCAAUAUAUUUCAUUGUAUUUUUUAUGAAGUAACAACUGAGAUGACUGACUGCCCCUAUUUUUUAUUUUGCAGCAUCUUGAUGUUAUUUUUUACUACCUCCGUAAGAAAGGCAAAUAUGAAGAUAACAGCACAUACAAAUAUACCACCGUCAGCUGUAUACUACAUACCAUAAUCACAGAGAUUUACCAUGCUUGGAAAAAUCCGGAAUCAUCCACAAGUGUUGCUAGCAAGGAAUCUGACGUAUGUGAGUACAUAAAUGGGUACAGGUUGAUGGGUAAUGUACCAUGGCAUACAGUUGACAACAUAUUAAUCCCUGUCAAUGUGAAAGAGGAAAAUCACUGGAUUUUAGUGGUUAUAUCAUUCAUUGACAGAUGUCUGUAUGUGUACGACUCAUAUCGAGCAGCAGGGCAUGAUGCCAUCAUUAUGAGAGAAGUUAACAUGAUGGCUGCCCUUGUGCCACAUCAUCUACAAAUGUCCGGUUUUUAUGAAAAGAAGAAGGAUAUAGAUUUUCAGAAUCACCCCGCUUACAAAAACAGAGCACUAAAUGAAGAUUUUGAUGUCGUUAAUGUGGACGAUCUACCACAACAACCAUCUGGAAGCAUGGAUUGUGGUGUAUAUGUGGCAGCUUUUGCUGAAUUCUUGAGCUCGGGUGAAGGCAUUCCAGUCAUUAUUGAUGCAAAGUUUCACCGUCAGAGAUAUGGUGCACUUCUUUGCGAUUAUGCUUGGGGAAAGGCAAACCAGAAUGCAGAAAGUGAUAACGAGCAACCACCAAGACCAGUCAGGCCUAUAGUUGAUUACGAUGCAGUGAAUAUAGCAGAUGACGUAGAGUAG